UUUUGCGCUGCGGUUGCAUCCUGUCAAACCAUCAAGCGCCGCCAGCAGAACAAAAGAUCCGUUGCAGUUUGCAAAACCGUCAGUGUUUGUGAGAAAAUAAAUUUUAAAUUUUACAAAGUUUUUUACACUUUGGUGCGUUUAUCUGUUGUUUUAUGUUAAAUAGUGAUACACCCAUUUAGUUUGCGAUAAAUCACCCAUUUUUUGUGAAAUCCAUCGUGUUAAGAACCAGUUUGGAACCUGCCCUCCCGGAAGCCACCUGUUGACACCAUAAAAAUGGAAAGCAGCAGCCCCAGUGCCAACAAUAGCAGCAUCCGUUUCAAAACACCACCAGCAGCGUCAUCGAUCAAGUGGAAAAAACUCUUCCGUGGAGCGGAAGCUGACGAGCAGGAAUUUUCCGACGAGGACAAAGAAAACGGCAUCUUCGGCAGCGACGGCGGCAGAUCGUGCGGUCGGCUAAAGUUCCAACGGGGAGCGUGUACGACGAGCAAGAAGCGGAUCCACUUCAGACGGCGAAGGCCAGGGGAAGCUGCGGAGGACGAAGGAGUUGCAACGGGAGGGCUCAAACCGUGCAGUGUUUUCACGCCAUUGAACAAACUCAAGCCCACCCAACUCAUCGGUUCCGGCACGGACUCCGACUGGCGCAGUUUCUUCAGCAAUUCCUUCGAAGUGAACCAAAGUUUUCCUCGUAUCACAACCAAUCUCCGGGAACGUCACCGUCGCCAUCACCGGGAUGAAGACCAGCGCUGGCCGCUGAAUACUCCGCUACGUUUCCAUCGAGUUGCGCCAUCUGCGGCGGCCACCACCGGAAAAGCCAAACACCAACGAUCGGCCCUGAUGGACCGGGUCCGUGUGGAUGGGGCCAACGGGUUGCGCUUCACGGCGUUCCGUCCCAAGGGAGGAUGCCUCUCGCAUGGGGUCAAUUCGCCGUACAACAAUUCCUACGUGGCUUCGACUUCCGAGUCGAUUGGACGUCUGCCGAAGAGUGGAAUCAACCCGAACAAGGCCGUAUUCACGAUCGAUAGCAAAACGUCUCGGAUUCUGAUCGUGAAUCGGAAUGCAUGCGAUCUGUUGGGGUACAGUUCCAAGGAGCUGUGCGAAAUGCAGUUUGCCAACUUGCUGCCAAAUAAGAACAAGAUGCAUGUUUCUGCGCUGGCCGAGGGACAGCUGAAUAGCGAAGAUGGGACCGUGAUUAUUCUGAGCGGUAAAGUUGUUGAGCUGUGUACGAAGUCUGGCGGGAAUGUGGCCGUUUCGUUGUGGGUAAGGCAGAUCGAUAGCGAAUCAAGGUGUUUGGCUGUGGCGGAACCUGUGGAGAGGCGAGUCGCUCAAUUGCUGGUGGAUAAGAGCGGAUAUGUUGUUUCCGGGGAUUACGAAGCGUUAUUGUUGUUCCAAUUAGAUUCGAUAGAGAAAUUCAACGGAAUGGAUGUUUCCCUGCUGAUUCCGGCCAUUCAGCUGCCCGACGCGGACAAUAGCAUGAUCGCCAAGCACAUCCGGAAGCAGAAAGCAACCGGAAAAACGGCGGAAGGAGUGGCCUUUCCUCUCUGUUUGAUGAUCUCCCACCACGACUCCGGAACGGAUACCACUGACAGUGGUCUAUCGAAUCCGAGUCAGUUGUACGUGAUUACCAUCUGGGUGUUUACUAACAUCUCCGGAUUGAUCGUGAUCGACGAGAACUCCGUCAUCGAAUCGUGCAACCAUCACUUCUCGAUGCUGAUGUUCGGAUAUCCCCAGAGCAAGAUCAUCGGCGAGCACAUUACCAAGCUGCUGCCGAACUUUGGCCAGGAGUGCGACUACCUCGGGUUUAUGAACCGCAGUCGGAAUGCAACGCUCUCGUCGCUGGACAAUGACGAAUCGGAAACGGAGACGGAUCACGUGGACUUUGAGAACAAGGAGGAGUUCAUUCACAAUGCCAUCAAUAGCAUGAAGGGCAGUUCGGAUGUGGUUUGCAGUCCGGUGAAGGAAACGAGAAAGGUAUGCUUAGACUUCACAACGACUUCCACGAGUAACAAUCGGACCGAUGCAACAUCUUGUUCUGCAUCUUCGAAUAUUGUAACAGAACAUGCCAUUACCCAGGAGAAAUCGCCCAAUAAAGCUGAGGCAACGGAAGCUUCCGGACUGCUCAGCGCAAUUGUUGUCAGUUCUGUACCGGAAAACCUGCUCUAUCUGGAGAGUAAUAGCGAAAACAACCGAAAUUAUGCCAAUCUGUCCGGAUCGGUUAGUUGUAAUGCAUUGAAGUCUGCAACCUCAGUUGCUACUUCAACAAGGGAAACUCUCACCAAACCUCCGGCACUGGAGGACUGCUCCAAUUUGGUCGAUUGUGAUUUGCUAACACCCGUCAACGAAUGCCUCAAUUUGCUAGGUGGUAAGAACAAUUCCGCCGAAAGCCCUUCCAAGGAACAACUCUACACAUCCGAGGACAUCAAUUCGGUGCUGCUGAAACACUCCACCAGCGAAGAUUACUCCGCCCCUUUGAGUGCUCCUCCGACCGUUACAACGCCUCGAUAUAUCAAACCCUACGAGUUGGCGAAGACGAUGGUCACGUCGACUCCGGAUCAGCAGAAGCGACAUUCGGCGGUUGGAACCCUCCCGGUCCCGGUUGGACCCCGGCGAUCAAUCUACUCAGAUGGGAAGUAUCGUGGAGAGGCCAUUCACUACGAUGGCAAUGUGAUCGACAUUCUGUACACCAUCUCGAACCAGACGCUGCCCUGCGGCCGGAAGGUCUACUGCAUCUGGGUGAGCCGAGAUCCGGACUCGUCGUACAACAACCUGGAUGAGGACGAGGACAAGCACCAGAAUCUGACGUUGACGUUCAACAGUAUCACCAGUACGGUGGACAAUUCGCUUGGGCAGGCGAUCAAAAAUACGGCAGCGGCGCAGCACUCGGAACGACCGAGUUCGGUUUCGCGGAUGUCGCAGUGCGAUGAGGAUUUGACUCACGGGGAGUACAGCAAGUACUACACGCUGGUGAGGCACAUCGGGAAGGGUGCAUACGGGUACGUGAAGUUGAGUUAUCGGAAUUCGGAUAGGUUAUUGGUGAUAUCGAAGUUUAUCCUGAAGGAGAAGCUCGUUCCCCAGUUCAUGAUAACGACGGACGACAAACGGGAGAUCCCAAUGGAAGUGUACCUGUUGACGCACGUGAAGCAUCCGAACAUUGUCAAUAUGUUCGAUUGGUUCGAAAACGACAAGUUCUUCCAGGUGGUGAUGGAAAUUCACGGUUCCGGAAUGGAUCUGUUCGAGUUUAUCGAUCGACGACCCGUCAUGACCGAGAAGUUGGGCUGUUUGAUAUUCCGACAGAUUGCCAACGCGGUCGCUUUCCUGCAUUCGUUGAACAUUCUGCAUCGGGACAUCAAGGAUGAGAACGUUAUCAUCGAUCAUAAUUUCCAUAUCAAGCUGAUUGACUUCGGAUCGGCCACGUUCGUGCAGGAGGGACAGCUGUUCUCUACCUUUUAUGGCACGACCGAGUACUGCAGUCCGGAAGUGUUGGCGGGUAAUCGAUAUUCCGGACCGGAACUGGAAAUGUGGGCUCUUGGUGUGACGCUGUACGUGCUGAUGUUCUUCGAAAAUCCUUUCGUGGAUGUCGAGGAAAUCUUGCAGUCCGAAUUGAUCAUUCCGCAUGAAAUCAGCGAAGAACUGGAAUACGUUUUGCUCUCCUUGCUGGACAAAAAUCCGAAAACUCGAAUCACCAUCAAAGAACUGCUGGAAACGGAAUGGAUGACGCAGGAAAUUAAUACAUCCCAGUUCAACUUUGCCAAAAUUAUCCCCUGCGAACCGUACGAAACCAAUCCGGAGAAGUACUACGUAGAUCCGAACAUCUGCUCCAGCCAAACGGGACUGUCCACCUCGCCGCACAGCCUUUCGAUGGUGGACGACGUAGAUGGGGAAGAUGACGACGAAAACGCACACAUGGAUGACUCGUUUAUUGAUCCGGAUGAGAUGUUGGAUGAUGAUAUUUGUCCACUGUCGCAUGACGAUGAGCUGGGAUCGGAUGAAAACCAUCCUGGAAGAGAGGUGAACAUCCUAUCAACCGGGCUCACCAGUCUAUCUCUAAAAGAAGCGGACGGCACGUGCAUCAGUUUGGUUGAUGGUGAGCGAGUCGGCCAUCCCGGAUCAGCGCACCACCCAGCAACAGGAGCUUCACUAGAAGAAGACAUUUGUGAUACAGAAGAAAGUGAGAUACUGCUGGUGGUGUUGAAUGGCGAUGAUGGGGAGCAUGGCGGAAAUGAUGAUUACGACGAUGAUGAACGUCGGCGAAGGGAUGAAGGUGGAGACGCCGCAACGGAAACGAUAUCACAGUGGGAUCCGUCCAGUAGCACCAGUUGUUGCAGUGUUGGUGGCCGAGGCGGUGGAGAUGACCCCAGCCCGUACAACUCGCCCAGCAAAAGUGAUCGGCACAGAAGACAGCAACAGACGAGACGGAGACGAGCGUGGGAAACGAACCAUCCGAUUGUAGUGGUGACCGCGCUAGAUCCGGAUUGUAAUAGCAAAAGUGAGCUGGUCAUCAGCGAGUGUGACUAUAGCAAUGAUAGCUUCGAGGAGGAUGCAGACGAUGGCGCGGAAGAACCCGCCUGCAACACCCCUCGGAAAAGCUAACUUCUUUUUGAGCAUUCCUUUCACAAACCAAAACAAUACGAUACUCAUUUUGUUAGAAACUCAACCCGGCAAUAGAAAAACACGCGCAAAACUAUAUAAAACGUUUAUUUUUUUAGUCGGGAGUACCCUGUUUAGCGCUUUGUUACUUCGACAUAGUGCCGUUUGGCAUAAUGCCCUUUUGGCAGAACAAAAUGUAUGUUCCUUAUUUUACAAUUGGCUGUUCUUCAUGUUGGGUCAAAUAGCGUUUUACCAAAUCUACCAGUUUUACCAAAUUUAAAGGCAUUAUGCCAAAUAGCCGUUACGUCGAAUGGGAUACUUCCUUUUUUUAGUCGUAGCCGAAAGGAGAGAGUACUAUAGCUAAGAUCCACUGAUAGGAUAGUGCAAAUCAGACUCGAUAUAACUAAAUUCUUAGAAAAAAAAACAAAGAGUCGUACACAACAGUAACAGUAGAAGUAUUAGUAGAAAAGAAUAAGUAAGAAAAUUUGACAAAAAAAUAAAGCACACAGAUACACAAACAAGUUUAGUAGCAUCUAUCGAAAUCAGAUUAUAUCAUUGUUGAACAGAUUAUAAAAUGAUUGAUUUUAAAAUAUUAAACAAAAAACUGAUAAUUAGCAAUGGAAACCUUCCCGAAGGUGUUGUAGGUGAAAGAAAGCAGUCUUUUUCAUAAAGCGCUCGAUUAAAAGGUUUAAACUUCAGUAAAGGUGCCGGCGUUUUCUCUACAACGAAAGAACACUCCCAUCUUCAACUGGUUUUCAUUUGUUUAUUUCACAUCUAUUGCAUACUGGGAUGCAUAAUCGGUUUUGUUUCUUGUGUACAGCUCAUAAUAAUAUAAUGACUCUAAUGGUAUGAGUUUCCUUUAGUUUGUAUAUUUGUUUCUCUAAAUUUUAUUCAACUUUUUUUUUUGUCUUUUCUUUGAACAAUAUGCGCUACUGAUUUGUCCAGUAAGGUUCUGUUUUCAACAAAGGUUAAAUUCUAACGACGAUAGAAAACGACUACACACACAGUCAGUUUAUGCACGCAAGUCAGCUUCUGUGUCGUUGCAUCAUCGCCUCGACGGAAGUCGAUUGUAGCGAUGGGUUUCGAACAAGCACAUUGAUUUGUUUUCUCCCUUUCUAUACACAUGUGUUUUUUCUAUGUUCUGACGAUGACUUGGUAGCAAACAACGGAAACUACAAUGUUAUACAUGUGUUUUUUGGUUGAGCACUUUUUAUUGAAAUUUGUAGUUUUUCGUAGCUUUCUUUCUUACUCGUUUAUUUUUCAGUAGAUCGGAAUCGUAUGUAUGUGUAACGCAGAUGUAAUUGACAGCAAAUGAUAACGAUUGGUAGUUUCCUUCUUGUUUCAGUGUUUCGGACUCCCAUCAGAUGACACGAAACGAAAUUUGAAACUGACUUGAAACAAAAUUUGAACGACAUGAAGAGACUAGCAGAACUUCCUGUACAGGAAGUUUUCAGGUAAGUGGUCACUUUCAUUGUGUUAUCUCGCAAAUUCCCAACAAUUGUUCGUAAAAACCUAAAUAUGUACUAUAACUGGCAUAUCUAUAACUGUAAAAUCAGUUGAGGAUUUAGUGACAACUGCAUGAGUGUGAAAGUUGCUUCCAUAGUACAGUGAGGUGAAAUUAAUCAAAAAAAUGUUUAAACUCCUAUUUUGGAAAUUUCUUCGACAUUGAUUUUGGGAUAUUCUUCGGCAUUUUUCUGGGGAUUUCUUAAAUACUGCCUUUCUUUUGGCAAUUCAAUUUGACAAAUUCUCUUUGAAAAUGAUAAGGAAAAUUCCC